AAUUAUCCAAUUCCAAUCGAGAGAUCUCUAUUUCGACAAUGGCGUCUCCCAAUCCCUACUCCAAGCGUCGCUCUCCGCCUAAUGUCGUAGUACCUCCUCCGUCUACACAGCCUCGGUCUAAAUCCACCGGAGGAGGAUUUUUCUGUAAGUCUGUUCUAUUUGCUCUCUUUCUCCUCGCCCUGCCGUUGUUCCCAUCUCAAGCUCCUGAUUUCGUCGGUGAGACUGUGUUCACUAAGUUCUGGGAACUGAUUCAUCUCCUAUUCGUCGGCAUUGCUGUUGCUUAUGGUUUGUUUAGCCGUAGGAAUGUUGAAUCCGGUGUUGAUUCAAGGAUGAAUCGUGUAGAUGAGUCUUCUUUGUCUUAUGUAUCUAGGAUCUUUCAGGUUUCUUCUGUUUUUGACGAAGAGUUUGAUGAUAAUUCUUGUGAGUUUGUUGAUGUGAGGAGUGAGAGUGACAGUGUGAGUGCUCGAGCUUCUGUUGUGGGGAAAUCUGAGUCGUUUGUUGCUGAUAGGGGCGAAUUGGAAGAAUCGUCUGAAUUUGGUGAAACUAAUGAAGUCCGAGCUUGGAAUUCGCAGUAUUUUCAGGGGAAAUCUAAGGUUGUGGUUGCUCGACCAGCUUAUGGUCUUGAUGGUCACGUUGUGCAUCAGCCAUUAGGCUUGCCGAUUAGGAGUUUAAGGUCAGCUUUGAGAGAUAAUGCUGCUCCUCAAGAUACCUCUUUUACUGAUAACUGUGAUGGAGCUGUUAACGGGGAAGCUGAGCCAUUAUUGGCUGAUAAUUUUUUUGAUGAGGUCUUGGCUGUUCCGGCUUCACCUGUUCCAUGGCAAUCUAGACCUGAAAUGAUGGGAAUGGGAGACAACUAUCCUUCAUCAAAUUUCCAGCCUCUAUCUGUGGAUGAAACCCAGUUUGCUACUCUUAAAUCCACAUCUUCUCGGUCUAGUGCUUCUUCUUCAUCUCAAACUAGUUUUGCAUCCCAUAUUCAGAACAGAUUCUCGCCUUCUCGAUCUGUUUCUGCAGAGUCACUAAACUCAAAUGUGGAAGAGUUGGUCAAGGAAAAGAGUCUUCAGGGUUCAUCACGGUCUAGUUCGCCAUCCUUGCCCCCAUCACCUUCACUGUCUCCAUCUCCACCAUCGCCAGAGCUAGUGAUCGAGGAUACUCGCAGGCGUUUGCCAGAAUUAGUAACCGAUGAUACUCACAGGCGUGCCUCACAUUCUCGGCAUUACAGUGAUGGUUCCUUGUUAGAGGAAGAUGUAAGGCGGGGGUUUGAAAAUGAGUUGGAGGGGAGUAAAGUCAGAGGCAGAAAAACAGAAUCCUUCAGUAAGAAGGAACGGGGAUCUAAAUCGCUUAAUUUGGCAGCUGAAAGUUCCCGGAGAGGGAAUAAGUCUCGCAGAUCCUAUCCUCCUGAGUCCAUCUCAUCUCCCAUUGGUGGUGCUGAUGACUCCACAACUAGAAGACGGGAUUCUCAGCAAAAGAGUGAUGUCCAUUUGCUUGAAGACAAUAUCGGGAAAGGACAGGAAGCUGACCAUAACAAUCUUAGGGUCAAAAAGGGAAGGAGUCAUGACUCUUUGGAGCUAACAGCAGAAGACUCUGCAAAAGAUGAGAAGUUCAGUGAAUCUUUUCCUGCUCUUGAUGUAGUGUUCCAGCCAACAAAUACUAAAGCUUCAAGGCGUGCAAUGCAUUCUUCACAAGGGGGACGUGACACUUUUCCGGAGAAAGCUGUCACAAGAAACUUAGAGGAUGACUCUGAGGAUUACAAUAAGUCCAGGAAAAAGGACCUUCCUGGUAAUGAUAAGGAAGUGAAAUCAAACAGUCCAAGACUUGAACCACGUUCUUGGAGAGCUUCCAGUAAUGUAUCAUCGAGAGCAAAGUCCGUGAGGACCAUAAGAUCUGAUCGUCAUGGGAAAGGUUUAAAGACAGAUGGAGAUUCAUCUGAAGACCGGACAGAAGCUAAAGUAGAAAGCCGAGGAAGUACGAAAUCGAGAAGACAACGACAAGAAGAACUAUCAAUUGUACUACACCAGGAGAAAAGUUCAGAAACUCGCGCUAAAUCCGAGCCAGAAGAGGUUGCUAUGGAAGAGCCCGAGGCCGAGCAGCAACCUCAAGUAACUUUGGAAGAGGAAGAAGAAGCUGCUUGGGAAAGCCAAAGCAAUGCAAGCCAUGACCAUAAUGAGGUUGAUAGAAAAGCCGGUGAGUUCAUAGCUAAAUUCCGGGAACAAAUUCGGUUACAGAAACUCAUAUCGGGUGAACAACCUAGAGGAGGAGGCACUGGUAUUUUCAGAAACAGUCAAUUCAGAUGACACUCACCACCAUUUAUUACUUCAUUACUUGUAUUAUUGUAAUUUUAAUUUAUCGGCAUUGUUGAUGAGAAUCUGGUUGUCACUCUCUUUGUUUGAAGUUUAUAUUGUUGAAUAAAAAAUGAAAUUUUAC